AAAGAGUAGAGGAGCGAUAUAGCGAAAGUUUCCAACAAGUCAAAGCACGUACAUCAGGGGGGGUGGUGGAUAUGGAGUAAUGGAGAUCACACCAAAAUUGAUUUGAGAAUCCUUAAAAAGAUUAUAAAAUAAUAUCAUAAGAUUCUUCACAUUUCUGAGAGAAAGAGAGAGAGAGAGCUUUUUGUAAUUGUUAUAUAGAGAGAGAGAAAGAGACCUGUUUGAAAGAGACAACAUGCAUUUAGCAUACAGACAGCUUCUGCAUAUAUAAUCACGGAGUAGUCAGAUUUUUGAUCAAUUUGCAAUCAAUUUUUUUGGUAAAGGUUAAGAGAUUCGGAUCGGAGAGAUGAUCAGAACCGGUGCUGUUUCGCGGCGGAAGAGAUCGUCGGACAUGAUCGGAGAAAGCUUCGACGAUGUAUCGCCUUCCGAUUCUCAUGAAGUUCAUGUUCUUGCCGUUGAUGAUAGCCUCGUCGAUCGAAAAGUCAUUGAACGAUUGCUCAAAAUCACCUCCUGCAAAGUAACAGCAGUGGAUAGUGGAAGGAGAGCUCUGCAAUUUUUAGGAUUAGAUGAGGAUAAGAGCUCAGUUGAUUUUGAUUUGAAGGUGGAUCUGAUAAUCACAGACUAUUGUAUGCCUGGGAUGACUGGUUACGAUUUGCUUAAAAGAAUUAAGGGAUCGUCUUCUUUCAGAGAAAUACCAGUUGUGAUCAUGUCAUCUGAAAACGUUUUGGCAAGGAUCGACAGGUACAUAUAUGAAUCACUAAUUCUAAUCACAAAAUAUUUUUAGAGAGAAUUUUAUACAUACCCGAGAAUUUUGAAUUUUGGUAUGCUAAUUUAAUCAAAGAGAGCCUUGCAAACCUAUAUGAAUCGGAUACCGUUUGUUUAGACAGAAAAACAGAAAAUAUUUCUUAUGAAUUUUUUUUAUAAAAAUAUAUUUUUUAGAAAAAUCAUUUUAUAUUUUUGGUUAUGGGAGUGGUGGCAAUGAGAGCGAAGGCAGUGAUGAUGGUAGUGGCUGUGGAGAUGAUAGUACGAUGGCGGAGGUGAGAGUUGCGGUGGCAAUGGAGCAAUUUGGGAAUUUGAUAAAAAAUUAAUUUUUAGACUUUUCACCAAGUUCUCACAAAAAAAAUUACAAAAAAGUCAAAAAAAUUUAAAAUUAAUUU